CUCCCCUUGAUGGAUCCAUCGAUGAUCGAUGGCGUCGCCGUCCUUGUUCUAGCGUUUGGAAAAGCGGAGUGAAGCGAAGCCCAUUCUCAUGGCUUCCUCCGCCCCUUCUUCUCUUGCUCCCGCGGAGGUCCCCAUGGAGCUCCACGCCCGCAACCGAGAGAAGCUCGUCCGCGCCCUCCGCAAUCACCUCGCCGCCUCUUCUCUUCCCAUCCGCGGCUUCGUCUUGCUCCAGGGAGGCGAGGAGCAGACGAGAUACUGCACGGAUCAUGUGGAGCUCUUUAGGCAAGAGAGUUUCUUUGCUUACUUAUUUGGAGUUAGAGAGCCGGGCUUCUAUGGAGCUAUUGAUAUUGCCUCCGGGAAGGCACUUCUGUUUGCCCCAAGGUUACCUGCUGAUUAUGCUGUUUGGUUGGGUGACAUAAAGCCAUUAUCCUACUUCAAGGAAAGAUAUCUGGUUGACUUGGUGUUCUAUGUUGAUGAGAUGGUACAAGUGCUACGUGACCACCAUGGAGAAUUAGGGAAACCUUUACUUUUUCUCUUGCAUGGGUUGAACACAGACAGCAAUAAACACUCGAAGCCUGCAGCAUUUGAGGAGAUGGAGAAGUUUGAUACUGAUGUGAGCACCCUUCAUCCUAUUUUAACUGAAUGCCGUGUUUUUAAGUCUGAGAUGGAACUUGCCCUUAUUCAGUAUGCUAAUGAUGUAAGCUCAGAAGCACAUAUUGAGGUUCUGAGAAAAGCAAGGGAAGGCAUGAAAGAAUAUCAGUUGGAAAGCAUCUUUCUUCAUCACAUUUACAUGUAUGGUGGUUGCAGGCAUUGCUCGUAUACUUGUAUAUGUGCUACCGGUGAAAAUAGCUCUGUUCUUCACUAUGGCCACGCAGCUGCUCCAAAUGAUCGGACCCUAAAAGAUGGAGACAUGGCAUUGCUUGACAUGGGAGCUGAGUAUCAUUUUUAUGGCUCUGAUAUAACAUGUUCAUUCCCUGUCAAUGGCAAAUUCACGAAGGAACAAAUUGUUGUCUACAGUGCUGUCCUUAAUGCUCACAAUGCUGUCAUAAUGUCAAUGCGACCUGGAGUGAAUUGGAUUGACAUGCACAAACUAGCAGAGAAGACCAUCCUUGAGUCACUGGCAAGGGAGGGAUUAGUUCUUGGUGAUAUCGAAGACAUGAUGGUGGUAAGACUGGGUGCUGUUUUUAUGCCUCAUGGUCUUGGACACUUCCUUGGGAUUGAUACCCAUGAUCCAGGAGGCUAUGCCAAGGGUAUGGAGCGACCCAGAGAGCCAGGAUUGAGAGCCUUACGGACAAUAAGAACCCUGCAAGAGGGCAUGGUGAUAACUGUGGAGCCAGGAUGCUACUUCAUUGAUGCUCUGCUGGCUCCAGCCAUGGAAGAUCCAGUUUCAUCAGAAUUCUUUAACUGUAAAGAACUUGGAAGAUACGGGAAUUUUGGUGGAGUUCGAAUUGAAAGUGAUGUGUAUGUUACGGCUGAAGGCUGCAAAAAUCUUACAAAUGUUCCUCGGGAAGUAUGGGAAAUUGAAGCUGUAAUGGCAGGUGCACCAUGGCCAAUAAAUCGCAGCAGUAUCAAGAGUGACACAGAGAACGGCCCCUCUUAGAACCUACAAUCAGAGCCAAAUACCUUCAUCUGCCUUCAGGAGUUCUUUCUUGUAUUUUAACUCGGUUUAGAAAAAGCUUAAAAAGUGCAGAUCUUGCCUUUACUUGUUGCUGCCUCAAAAUAUAAUCACAGACCUGUUUUACAUUACAAUGGAAGCUAUAAGAAGCAUAACACAUGCAUAUGUAGAGGGGCCACUUGCAGUAUGUUUUUGUAGUUCAUGUGGUUCUCCGAACAGGUUGCAACUCUGUGGGUUUAAAUUUCAGUCAUCUAGAACUUGCAGUUGCUGGAGUUGAGGAAUCGAGCAUCUGUGAUCUAUCAAUUCUUGCUUUAUAAUAUAUUGGGUUGGUUUCUGCUCUGAAGUUUUA